UCACAUGACUCUGUAACUAAGCGACGUCGACAAUGAAGCUUGACGCCAUCAGUAUCUCGGGUUGAUAGAUACCGAGUCUCCGAAGUUUGUUCAUAUCAGGGCAAACUAUCUUCAGUAUGGAUCAACCUGACCAGAAAAGGUCAUUAACAAAAGCAAGAGUGAGCUUUCCCCCAAUUCCACCUGGAAGAACCUCAUUAUCGUCUAAUUCAGAGACGGUGAUGCCAGACAGGCCCGUCAGUUGUGUACAGAGACAAACUGUAUACGGGCACAUGCCAUGUCCUCCGCCCACUGAAAAUACAAGGCGACAGAGGCCAAUCAGUGGUCUAUCGUCAUCUUCCCUCUGCGAAGAAAUCAAACGUCAGAGGCCCGGCAGUGAUCAGAAAUUGACAGAACACACCGAAGCCAUGACAACGGCUCGACACACAUGUAUAGCGGCUGAACUGGAGGGAAAAGCCAGCAGGUCUGUGUCUAAAAUGGAAGGACAAAAGCAGGCUAUAAGAGACGAAGAACGCAUGAAAUCGGUCUCAGUACAACAAGUGGACAACAAAUUUGCGCCACCUCCAAACCUGAGCUCCAUCUCCUCAGAAUCUGCAACCAACCGCCCUCCAACACCUUUAGUGGUUGACGCAAAAGCCGAAAGGAGAAGAAAACGAAAGGAAAAGAAAGACAGAGAAACUAAAAAGAUGGAAGAGGCAAGAAAGAAAGAGCAUGACAAACUAGAACCUGAGAGAAUUUUCGCAGAUUUUUCAAGAAACAGGUCAAUGUUCAAUGGUAACAGAGACACCCUUCCAGCCAUCGGAAGAAAAACUGCAGAGGUAAACUUUUACAUGGGCAAGUUGCCGAAGAUCCAAGAACAUGAUAUUACCGGACAAUCUUUGCCAGAAAACAACGCUGUUGACGUCAUCAAAAAGCACGAGAAACAAGUCCGCACUACAGCCUUCCUGAGAAAAAUUAGCAAUGACUACAUCAAUGCAAGCGCCGAACUGAUGGAGCCUUACAACGUGAACGGGGCCAUAGACAUCAUCGAGAAGCAUGAAGAAGAAGUUGGCAGACGACACGCCAUGUAUACCGGAUAUUACACAACCGGAAGUUAUCCAACUGGAAGUAAUUCUAACACAAGCGCCUGCAAGCAAGCGUCCGCAAGAUCUAGAUGCUCCUCCGGAGUGUCUAGGCGGGGCGCAGCUUAAAGUCUUACCCAUCGCCAUGCAUGCUCACAUUUUCUUUAUUUAGACAUUAAAAGCUGAUACAAAAUGACUAAUUCAAGUUGAAUGCUAUAAAAAUCAUACUAAUUGUAACGUAAAAAUUGAUAACUUUUCAAGGAAAUUUAUACAUUGUAUUUAAACUUUUAGAAAUUGAGAUUUUUCGAAAAUAUAUGUUUGAUAGUCAGGCGAGGAAACCAAAUUUUAUGAAUAUUGUAAAAUAAAAAUGUUAUUAAUAUGGUCAAAUCAGAAGUAAUAGUUACACAUUAAAGGUUAAUAUUUUCAAAUUAAAACUAUGUUUUUUUCCCCAAUAUUGCCAAAGCAAAGAUAAUAUUUUAUACUGCUGGACGAAAGAUUAUUUUUUUUAAUGUUAAAAGAAUUUCGAGGUUUUAAUUUGUAGUGAGGAUUAGGUUGCUGUAUACGACAGGGUGGCUGAUGUUUAGGUAGGAUAGGCGCCAAAUUUAUAGAGUGAACAAAACCUUAUUAAAACAAUUAUUCAUCUUGAGGGUUUUUACAUCACCGUCCUGCUUUACAUUAUUAAAACAAUGGUUACAGUAAUAAUUUUAUUAAUUGAUUUCGGAAGUGUUACCAUCAUCAAAUAUUCUUUAUUUUAUACAAAUAAAAGCAAGUAUAGGUUAGUCAUGAAACAAAACGGAAAAAGACAAAGAUACAUACAAAACGAUGAAAAAGUACCAAAAACAAUUCUGAGUUAUACCUAUACUUGCAGUUUGAAAUUUGAUUUUUUUCUCCUAAAUUUAGAGUGUUUUUUUUUACCUUAAUACAUGGAAGGUUAAAGGUCUUGAGGAAAAAUAUAUAAAAUGAAUAAAAAAAUAGUCGACCUGAAACUUUCCUUGUAUAUCAAAACUUUGGUACAAAAUUAUUUCCACUACAUCAUUUUAACUAUUUUUUUUGGUAAAAACUAUGUUUUGUUCCUUUCGUUGCAUAGCAGGACGGUAUCCUCGAUACAUCGUUUCAGUUUUGCCAUAGAAAGUUAUGUACCAUCUCAGCCACCAUAGAAUAUUUCAUCAAUUCAUACAUACUAUCGAAAGUUAACAGAAAACUUUAGACAUUGGUUUUUUUACUAUUUUUUUUAAAAACAUUUCAUAUCUCAUUAAAUUACCCCAUAUCCUACGCAGCAACCGCAUUUCUUCCAAGAAAAAUAAUUACUCAUUCUCAAAUUUAAUGAAUUUUAAAGUGUUAUUUUUUCUUCUUCCUGACUAACAAACCUGCUUAAUUUUAGAUCAACUCGGUUAUACUGCCCAAUCCAAAGUUUCGAAUUCAUUGUAUUGAUAAUUGUAAAACAAAAAAAAACAA